AUGGCGGCUCAACAGCUCACCAAAGAUGAACAGGCUCUUCACGACCAAACCAACCUUCUUCCACGCCGCCAACUGGUCGUUGCUCUCGCGACCCUCUCCGCCUCACUCCUUCUCGUCACCAUUGAUCAAAACGGCAUCUCAGUCGCUCUUCCCACCAUCGCCCACGACCUCAACGCCGAGAGCACUAUCUCUUGGGCCGGAACAGCCAGUCUAGUCUCCAACACAUGUUUUCAGAUGCUCUAUGGCAGGCUAUCGGACGUGUUUGGUCGCAAGGUCGUGUUCAUAUCUGCUGUUCUACUACUCUGCGUCGCAGAUUUGCUAUGUUCGCUUAGCCGCAAUGCAAUCAUGUUUUACGUCUUCAGGGCCAUUGCAGGUGUUGGAGGUGGUGGUGUGCAGAAUCUCUGCAACAUCAUUAUCUCGGAUAUUGUUACUCUUGAGCAGAGAGGCAAGAUCCAAGGUGUUAUUGGGGCUACGGUUGGGCUUGGCAAUGUCGUUGGUCCAUUCAUUGCGGCAGGGAUGAUAAGCCAAACAUCAUGGAGAGCGUUCUUCUGGCUUCUAUCACCGUUAUUGUUCUGCACAGCGGUGCUCGCUUAUUUCUUCCUUCCUUCUAAGCCUGCUACUACUAGGUUUUGGGAGGGGAUUAGCAAGAUUGAUUGGAUGGGCACAGUGGUGUCAGGUACUGGGAUCAUUCUUCUUCUUAUUCCUAUUUCUGGAGGAGGAUCGUACUUUUCCUGGGACUCUCCUCUAUCGAUUAGUAUGCUCACUGUUGGCGGCACAUUAUUUAUCGCCUUUAUCGUAUGGGAGUGGAAAUGGGCGAAGCUUCCCAUGAUGCCGGUCAACAUCUACGGAAACAUAACCCUGUCCAUAAUGUUGGCCCAGAACUUCCUGUUUGGUGCUGUCUAUCAGUCUUACCUUUACUACGUUCCUCUCUACCUCCAGAACCCGCACCAUUACAACGCGAUUACUUCUGCAGCACUCUACACCCCCUUGGUGGGUGCCCAGAUGCUCGCUUCUAUCGUCUCAGGACAGUACAUUAGUCGUCGUUUAAGAUACGGCGAGGUGCUCAAGACUGGCUUUGCGUUAUGGACUCUAGGGGCGGGUCUUGCUCUAAUCUUCAGCCGUCAUACUAGCCCUGCUGUCAUCGCUGUUAUUUUAGCCGUCGUUGGCACAGGAGUUGGGUGUAUCUUUCAACCCACCCUGAUUGCCCUUCAAGCACAUUCGCCAAAGAGCCGCCGUGCUGUCAUCAUCUCCAGUCGAAACUUCUAUCGUUGUAUGGGUGGUGCCUGUGGCCUUGCUUUCUCGGCUGCAGUACUCCAGUCUCGUCUAAGUGGAACCCUUCCAACGGAGUAUAAAAGUCUUGCCAGCUCAACAUAUGUUUUGCCAGACUCGAUGCGUGAGAAGCCUGGUGUUCUGGAUGCCUACAUGUCUGCGAGUCAUAGUGUAUUUGUACUGCAAGUGCCUCUGAUUGGAAUGUGUUUGCUUGGUACUGCCUUUAUUCGGGAUCGUGGCCUAGAUCCAGUCAAAGGUAGUUAG